AUGCCCAAUUAUGCUAGGUUUCUAAAGGAUAUUGUGAGUGGAAGGAGAAGUUGUGAUGUUGUUGAAACGGUAAACCUCACCGAAAGUUGUAGUGCUAUCAUAAUGAACAAGAUGCCUCCAAAGUUAGGAAAUCCGGGUAACUUUUCCAUUCCUUGUGCAAUAAAUCGAAUUCAAAUUGACAAUGCUUUAUGUGACUUAGGGGCUAGUGUUAGCCUUAUGCCAUAUACGGUUUACCAAAGACUUGAUAUAGGGGAGCUUUUGCCUACCAACAUUACCCUUCAAUUAGCGGAUAGAUCAAUCAAAUUUCCUAAGGGUAAGGUAAAGGAUGUUCCUCUAAGGGUUGGAAAGUUUGUUAUACCGGUUGAUUUUGUUGUUCUUGACAUGGAUGAGGAUGUGCAUAUUCCUAUCAUUCUAGGGAGACCUUUUCUAGCUACCUCCGGUGCUUUGAUUGAUGUGAAAAGUGCUAAAAUUACACUCAAAGUAGGUGAAGAGGUUCUUGAGUUUGAUUUGAAUGCAAGCAUGAAAUAUCCUAGUUCUACUUUAGAAAAAUGCAUGAAAAUUGACACCAUUGAUUGUGUUGUGAAUUCUAUGCAUGAGCACUUGCUCUCUACUAACAAUGCCCUUGAGAGUGUCUUGUUAAACAAGGAAAAGAUAGGUGAUCAAAGCAAGGAAAUGGCGUUGUAUGAAGAGUUGCUUGAUGAGAAUGUUGAAGGAAAGGUUGAGCAAGCUUGCAUGGGAAUCACACUUAAACAUGCUAUGGAGAUUUCCCCUACAAUGGAAGGUAAGGGUGUGCCUAUGGUAGAGCUAAAACCUUUACCAUCACACCUUAGGUAUGAAUUUCUUGGACCCAAUUCCACGUUUCCCGUUAUUGUGAAUGUAUCUUUGAAUGAACACCAAACUCGAAUGUUAUGUGGUGUGUUAAGAAACCACCAAAAUGCCUUGGGCUAUACCCUUGAUAAUCUCAAGGGUAUUAGUCCCGCUAUUUGCAUGCACCACAUAACAUUAGAGAAGGGUGCAAAGCCCUCUAUUGAGAGGCAGAGAAAACUCAACCCUCAAAUGGGGGAGGUGGUGAAGAAAGAAAUCACCAAACUCCUAGAUGCCGGCAUCAUCUUUCCCAUUUCGAGCUCAAGAUGCAUGAUGAGCAUAUUUGGUGACAUGCUCGAAGAGGAGAUGGAGGUAUUCAUGGAUGAUUUUUCGGUUGGUGGCCUUUCAUUUGAGGAUUGCUUGACAAAUUUAGGCAAGUGCUUGGCAAGAUGCGAAAAAGUCAAUUUGGUCUUGAAUUGGGAGAAGUGCCACUUUAUGGUUGAGGAAGGAAUUGUCCUUGGGCAUAAGAUCUCCAACAGAGGAAUUGAGGUUGACAAAGCCAAGGUUGAAGAGGCUGAUUUCGUGUUUAAUGAAGAGUGCCUCAAUGCUUUCAACAAGUUAAAGCAAGCUUUGAUUUCUACUCCUAUUGUGCAAGGGCUAAGAUGGGAUUUGCCCUUUGAGCUUAUGUGUGAUGCUAGUGAUGUAGCUAUUGGGGGUGUGCUUGGACAAAGAGUUGAAAAGAGACUUUAUGUGAUCUACUAUAUGUCCAAGACCUUGAACGAAGCCCAACGCAACUACACCACAACGGAAAAGGAGUUUCUUGCAGUGCACUAUAAAAAAAUGAAGAAUAGGCAACACGUAAAAUUGCAACACUAUUAA